AUGGCUCUCGAGAAGGUAGAGGCGCCGCCGCCUGUGGCACCUGUCGCUAUCGAUUCGGCUGCGUCCGAAGAAGCUUCGGCAGCAAACAAACUACCCGACGUCCUCACAACUCCCGUUGGCGACAUGUGGCCUCGACCGUACGUUUUUGAAGGUAACUUACGGAGAGUCGCCCCUUAUCACUUCACUUACCACACUUGGGCCAAACAACGAUGGCGUGGCCGAAAGUUAAUCGACGUCUACGAAGAAGAGUUCCGGGACCGCACGCUUGAGUACUAUCGUUGGGCCAUGGAGACCGGAGCCAUCGUCGUCAACGGAAAAGCCGUCGGGCCGGACCACGUGGUGAAGAACGGAGACUUGGUCAACCACACCAUCCAUCGCCAUGAGCCCCCUGUCACGGCUGAGCCAAUCCGCGUCGUUCACGAGGACGAUGAGCUGAUUGUCGUCAACAAGCCCUCCGGUGUACCGGUUCACCCCGCCGGCAGAUACCAGUACAACUCGCUUGUCGAAAUCAUGAAGUCUGAGAGGGGUGAGCACUUCAAGGCUUAUCCGUGCCAUCGUCUAGAUCGCCUCACGAGUGGCCUCUUGUUCAUCGGGAAAACGCCCCAGGCCGGACAGAAACUCUGCGCACAAAUCAGAGAGCGCACGGUUCGUAAGGAAUACCUGGCCCGCGUAAUUGGCAAGUUCCCAGAUGGCGAGGUUGUUUGCGACCAGCCUAUUCUGCAAAUAUCUCCAAAACUCGGAUUGAACCGAGUUCGUGCCAAUGGCAAAUCAGCUCGGACCGUCUUCAAGCGUCUCGCCUACUAUCCGCCAGAAGGGGCCGAGGGAGAUGGCGGCGAAAAGCCAGCGCGAGCCAAGACACCAGAAGAAAUCGAGGAAGAAAGGCUCCGGCCCUGGAUCAACAAGGAGGGUUACUCGAUUGUCCGCUGCCUGCCCCUGACCGGCAGAACACACCAGAUCCGAGUGCAUCUACAACAUUUGGGGCACCCUAUUCAGAAUGACCCUCUGUAUGCCAACCAGCGCGUUUGGGGCAUCAAUCUUGGGCAAAACGACGUCGACGCAACCGAGAACACUGAUGAGGAUAUCAUGUCACGGCUGCAGAAGAUGGGCAAGGAAGAUGUCGCGGACGCGGUGGCCUAUCACGAUGAACUGGUGGAUACGUAUCAGAAGAAACGGGCGGAAAAGCUGUCGGGCAAACUGUGUGAGAUCUGCGAUACUCCGCUGUACACGGAUCCGGGUGAGCACGAGCUGUCACUUUGGCUUCAUAGUCUCCGGUACGAAGACGCCGGGGGUGCGUGGGGCUACUCCAGCCCGAUGCCGGACUGGGCACUUCCACCGGAAGGCACCAGCGGGCCAACGGAGGUCGGAGGACUGGAGGAGUUGGUAGAGGCGGUCAAAGACGAGGAGCCAGAGAUAUGCUAA